ACAGCGAGCUCGGAGCCUCUCCUCCGUCUUGCCCCGAACCUCCCCAGCCGCUCUCGCCCGCCGGAGACCCGGGACCUGCGAGAGCCGGGGAACUGGAGAAGUACGCGGCGGAGGCGGCUUUCCUGAAGGUGAACUGUUCCGUCCAAUUGCCUUUCCCCAGAGAGCAAAAGGGAGGGCGGGAGACAAGGCACUGAGGAUGUGUGCGUGUGUAUCCGUGUGAGGCGACGUGCAGCGGGAGGAAAAGUCGUUACUCGGCGUUUUAAACGCACACAGAUCAGGGAUGAAGAGCGGCGAUUGCUGCGAGACCGCCUAGAUUCUCGCAGUGUGAGGAGCUGAGCGCACCGCGCGCAUCCGGCGAGGACCGCGGGCGACCGCGGGCGCCGGCGAGGCCUGGGCACUUCGGGUCUCCCCCAGUCCACAAAUCUUUUGGUUACUUUGACUCGAGAAAAACGAGAGGAGGAAAGAGCCGAGGCUCCCCGCACGUCAGCUUCCGCCCACUUUAAGGGGAUUCCAGUUUGGAUGGCAAGAGAUUCCUGAACCCUCUUUUGCUAUCGGAGGAGGAAACACGCGCGCGCGCACACACACACACACACACACACACACACACGCUCGGGGCCACACUCACACGCCCUCCGCUAGCACACACCUCCAGACUUCGGUUCCCUAUGCCCCAGAACGGUAACGGCGGAUUGGCAUCUCGGAAGCGAUGCGAGAGCGAUAAGACUGGCGCGGGUCCGCGGAAGCAGCAGGAGCAUCGCUAGGUGUUGCCGCCACCAGGAAGCCGGGCUGCAGGAUGAGUAAGAGAUACUUACAGAAAGCAACAAAAGGAAAACUGCUAAUAAUAAUAUUUAUUGUAACCUUGUGGGGGAAAGUUGUAUCCAGUGCAAACCAUCAUAAAGCUCACCAUGUUAAAACCGGCACUUGCGAAGUGGUGGCACUCCACAGAUGCUGUAACAAGAACAAGAUAGAAGAACGGUCACAAACAGUCAAGUGCUCCUGCUUCCCUGGGCAGGUGGCGGGUACCACACGAGCUGCUCCAUCUUGUGUGGAUGCUUCCAUAGUGGAACAGAAAUGGUGGUGCCAUAUGCAACCGUGUCUUGAGGGAGAGGAAUGUAAAGUUCUUCCAGAUCGGAAAGGAUGGAGCUGUUCCUCUGGGAAUAAAGUGAAAACAACUAGGGUAACCCAUUAACCAAGGUGAAAUCAAGUGAUCCUCAAGGCUGAUUACAUUGAACAUAUGCAUACAAACGUAAUUCAUGAGGUGAUCUUGAAGGAAAAAUUUUAUACAGCUCCGAAGUGGCACUCUGGAGUCUAUUACAUCUGGGGGAUUUCAUGGCUCAUAAUCAGCUUCUUGGAAUCAAGACUUUUUAGAAGUCCUACAUGAACUUCAGUAUCAUGAAGAUUUCAUCAGAUUUGAACUGUGUUCAACUUGUAUAAUUGUACUUAAAAAAAGAACUCGAAGUUGCUAUCUGAAGAGUUGGCAUUUCUGGAUGGUAUCAGAGACACCUACCCUUUGGGCUCUUGGCCCCAAAUGUGACUGCCUUUCUUGUUUCUGAAAGUCUCUCAAGUGCACUGGCCUUCUGUCAUGGACCUGUUCCUUGGUCCUGUGUUCGCUGGCUAGGAUUGUACAUGGCUUCAGUGACGUUUCCUUUGCAAACUUCUCUUCUGGCAUGGUGUAGACUGAGACAAUUUAAUUUGUAUCCUAACCUUGGAGCUCUGAAAGCCUACAUGUUUUAACAUCUUAAAGUUGCUUUUGUUAAAGGAAUGGAAAUAUAUAUCCAUUGAUAAUAAUUAUUGUUGGCAAGUUAUAGUUAUCUGAAUACAUCAAUCAUAUAAGAAUGUAUAGACAAGCUGACAUGCUUCCCCAAGGCUAACACAAUACUGCAGCUCCCUGUCCGUUAAAUAGGUAGUAGUUAGAACUGAAUUACCAUUUUCAUUAUAUACUCCUAUUUGGUACCUCUAGAGUACAUUCCCUUUCAGAGAUUUUUUUUUUUAAGUGAACUUUUUCUUUUAUUUCUAUCUUUACUUUUUCCCUUCACAGAAAUCAGCAGUGAGCAGUCAAGUAUUUAGGUAACCUUCAGUUUCAAAAAAUUGCCAGGGAUGCAUGUGGGUUUUGAUUUCUUAGCUUGAAAGUUAUUCGCUUAGAUUUCUUCUAAUAUUUUUUUAACCUGUCCUUUCUAUCUCAUUUUUAAAAGACUGUUUCUUGCUCGAUCCCAAGGACUGUUUGAAUGCCUAUUUGUUUAUUCAGUCUGUUGGUAGAAUAAAUUGUUCAUUUCCUUGGCCUCAAAUUUAUAAAUAUUUGUUUAUAGUUUUCCCAUUCAAACAAUUUCUUAGGUCAGUUUUUGUCCACGUUUUUGUAGUCCUUUUAACAUCUGUGGUUUUCAGUUCUAAGGGAAAAUCUUACAAAUAUUUCAAGGCCUUAAACACGUAUGAACUUUUUUUUUCUAAGUUAUUCACAGAAUGUAUAAUUUUAUACUACUUUUAUUUUGCUUCAUUUGUGAUAUGGAGGGAAAGAAGAAUGGAAAUUGCAUAGCCAUUCUGUAAUAAUAUUGUGUAAAUGUACAGUUUGAAGGAUCGUAAAGGGAGAAAUUUCUGUGUUUUAUUCAUCUUAGAUUAAUAGGAAGAUACUUCAGAAAUUGUCCUAUUAGACAUUCUAUUAUGUUAGAGAGAGUGUGGGUAUCUUCUGUGAUUUUAAAACUCACUCACAUGGCCAAUUAUGUAUAUGUUGAUUUCCAUGAUGGAGGCUGACAUACAGACCAAAGCUCUCCAGGGUAAAUUCGUAACAAUCUUCCAAUACCAAUAUAUUACCCAGAAUCUUUUCUCAGCAGAAUGACUAACACUGUAAAAUUUGUUAAACAUGAAAUUUGUAAAGUAUACUUUUGAUAUUGAACUAAAGUAUACUGGCCCAUAAAUCCACGGAAUGACUUUCUUCUUCCAUUUUCAUUAUGCAUACAAUUAGAUGGUUCUGAGUGAAUUUUGCAAUGGUUCAAGACUGUCUGAACUUGUGAAGAAAGGAGUAAUAAUUGUGCUGGAGUUUCUGCAUCAGUGAUAAUAUUAAUUUCUUUGGAACAAAGUGGAAAAUUAUAUUAUUUUGGAAAUUAUGAAUUUGUCCUAGGUUUGAAAUUAUAGAUCAUGCCUCUCUUUUUAAAACUAUGUCCUUUAAAACAACACUGGAAAUUCUGUAUUAUAUUCAAGUGUAUUACAUGCAUAUCAAUAGAAAAAAUAAAUGGAAUUUCAAAUAUACUAACUAGAUU